AUGAAGGUUGACGUCGAUCCUGCUAACAAGAACAAUCUCGGGUUCACGAACGCUUGGCCAAUAAACGGACAGUAUACCGCGACGAUAUACAUACAGGGUCAACCGUUCCAGGUUCAGGUCGAUAGCGGCAGUUCAGACUUAUGGGUUAAGGUGAAUAGUACAAACCUCCCCGCUUACUACGGUACAGGAUAUAACUCGAGUGACUCCUACGCGGGUGGAACUCACGUUGAUGCACAAAUAAUGCUUGCUAACGUCUCACUUGGAGAGUUCACCGUGGAGGAACAAGCUUUCCUCCCCGUUCUUGAUGCAGGGGAUUCUCUCGACGGUGGUUAUACUGAUGGAAUUUUGGGUGUUGGACCAAUUCUGGGCUCACCGAUCUUACUCACUCUGUAUAACACAUCGUACCAAGUGAACGGAUUACCUUUGAUUUUCAAUAUAUUUGGCAACUACCUCGACGAACAAUCUUUUAUCACGAUAUUUCUCACACGGGAAGAUUUUGGUAUCACCCAGGGAGGUUUCUUGGGCAUAUCAGAGAUCAUGGCUGAGAAUGCGUCAAUCAUUGAGGCACCCAAGUUGCCUCUUACUUCGAACUCCAGUUGGUCCACACUCAUGGAUGGUAUCUACGUCAAUGGCGAAUUUUUAACCGGCCAUUCAUUUGGAACGAAUAACUCAGGGUUGAGUGUUCAGCCCGGUGUCAAUCAGACAGUAAUUGGACCUGAUUCCGGAACUACGUUGAUAAGCGCCCCACCAUAUUACGUGGAUGCUGUAUACAAAGGAAUACCCGGCGCGAUCUUCGACGAGGACCAAAAGACCUAUCAAGUCCCAUGUGAGACAAAACUCAACGUCAGCAUGGUCUUUGGCGAGACCGAAUACCCCAUGAAUCCCCUUGAUGUCAUCUACCCCAGUUUCUCCAAUGAAUCCGCAGUAUGCUACGGAUCUAUGUUUUACGGGAGGAACGAUACUGGUGUUGAUUUCCUCCUCGGCGAUUCAUUCAUGAUGAACGUGUAUACCCUCUUCAACUAUGGGUACUGGAUCGAUUCCAACAGAGGAGCGCCCUACAUCCAGAUGCUUUCGUUGACGGACCGCGACCAGGCAUGGGCAGACUUCGACUUCAAGAACCUUAUUCGACUCGGAAACUUCGCCGAGCAGCAGAUCCAACAGAACGAGAACAUCACAUCGUCCUAUGCGACCGCUCCCCCCAUGACUACGACGUACCCAGUCGUCUCCGCCUUCCCUUCCGGCGUCCCGACACCCACAGCCAGCGCGCAGUCGAAGCUCGGCGCAGCUCUCGCGGAAUCGCCGGCCUCGAGCGGCGCUUCGUCCACGGACGGUCUGAGCGGGCUCCAGCGCAACUCAUACAUCAUCAUUGGCCUCGUCGCCGGCGUGCUCGUGCUACUCCUCGGCGUCAUGAUCAAGCUCCUGAGCAAUAGCCGCAGCCAGCAGUACCGCGCUGUUCCGAACAUCGACCGGCCCCCGGUGCAUUUCAGCGACAAGCCGUAUGAGGCUGAGACCGAGGCUUUCCAGACACCGUACGACGACGAGGAACGGCGAACUUGA